UUAUCAUUGUCAGCAUUAUCGUCUGAAUCAUCGUCAGCAUCAUUGUCAUUAUCAUCAUCGUCGUCAUCACCAUCAUCAUCAUCAUUAUUAUCGUCGUCAUCAUCAUCGUCAGCAUGAUUGGAUGCAACACCAUCAUUCUCAUAAUCGUCAUUAUCAUUGUCAGCAUUAUCGUUUGCAUUAUCAUCAGCGUCAUCGUCAAGAUCAUCCUCACUAUCAUCAUCGGCAUUAUCGUCAGCAUCAUGGCCAUUACCAUCAUCAUCGUCAUCAUCAUCAUCAUCAUCAUCAUCAUCAUCAUCCAAU